GCGGGCACACUAAGCCAAACGAAAAUAAUUUUGUUACAAAAAAAAUCAACAAAUCGUAUUGUUAAAUGGCCGUGCGAACACGAACGACCAUAAAUCCGCCGCAGCGCUCGAUUCCAAAUCAAAUCCUCGAGGCAGUCGGUAGUUAAUAAUACCGCAGAGCGGCCAGAUCGGGGGAUAUCUACCAUCCAUAUCCGAGUAUCCUCCAACGAGAGAUCGGAGCAAAUAGUGGAGGAGAUCCCGAGUAGAUCCGGAGUUACGUGAUUCCCGGCGACACGGAUUCGAUUCUGGCUGGGAUUGGGCUACGAAUUGGAGGACUGCCAUCGGCGGAUCAUCGAUGCAACAAUGAAUGUUCACAAGCGGCCACGUCUGGAAAUGGAAUUCGGCUCCUCCACCAGCAACACCAACACUUCCACAUCCUCGUCCUCCGUAAACAGCAGCAAUGCGAAUCCAACAGCUGGGCCUGGCCUCAUGACCAUCGCCAAUCACCACACCGCUGAUUUGUCGGAGGCCCUGGUCAACGGUUCCUUUGCCAACGGUCAGCAAAGCCUGAUUCUCACCAGCGACACGGGAAAUCCGCUGAUGAAUAGCCAAGGUGCUCAGAUAUUCCUCACCAUUUGCGGGGACGAGAACUCGGACGAUUCGCAGGAGUACUAUACGAUUAAACAGGAACCGGGAUGCGAUCUAGAUAUCCAUUCGCUGCUGCCCAGCAAUCUGCAGCUGCCCAACAAUCUGCAGCUGCCCACUGGCUGUGAGAUUUAUUUGGUCAAGGAAACCGGCAGCUUAAUGGGUGAACCGCCGACCAAGGCGGCCAUCAAGCUGGAACUGGAUACGCUGAACGAAAAGCCGCGCCUUCCACCUGUUAAAACUUCCUCCAGCACACAGUCACCGGUUAUAACCGCCCAGACCGUGAAUCCACCCAUUCCAGGUAGCACCACCAGCAGCAGCAGCACCACCACCACCACCAGUGUCCUGUAUGGCUCACACGGCAAUGGUCAUGGCCAUGCCCACGCCCACGCCCGAUCCCAGCCAGAAUCCGCUGGCCAAACACCAUCCAGCAAACUGGAGGCGUACAAGAAACGCGAUGACAAACGUCGUGCCACGCACAACGAAGUCGAACGCCGGCGCCGCGACAAGAUCAACAGCUGGAUCUUCAAGCUCAAGGAGAUGCUGCCCAGUCUGAGCUCCAGCUCCAGUUUCAGCGAGGCCAGCACGAGUCCCAGCACCAGCGGAAGUACGAGUACCAACGGAAGUAGCAAAGGCAAUGCCAGCAGUUCCAACGGACGAGCGCCGCCCAAUGACUCCAAAUCGCAGAUCCUGAUCAAGGCGUGCGAGUACAUCAAGAGCAUGCAGGGCGAGAUUGACACGCUGCGCGAUUGUCUGAGGGAGACGGAUAGCCUGAGGGCCAGCAACCAGGCGCUGCGUGAGGAACUCGAUCGCCUGAAGCGUCAGCAGCAGCUCCAGGAACGCUUCCACACGGCCAGCGGAAGAUCGACGUUUAAUGUUACGCUCAAUUCGUUGAACAGCUCCGCGACCAGUGAUCUAUUCGAGGGAAUCGAUACGACACCCAAUCUGGCCGCCGUCUCGUCGCUGGGAUUCGGCAAGCGUGGCCUGCUGAUCAGCGACUUCGAUGAGUAAACCAAUGCUGCCGGCGAAAUAGGAGUGGAUAGCCAAAAAAAGAGAAAAAAAAAAAACAUAUGGGCGGACCCAUUGGAUUGCGGGCUACGGGAAUAAGCAAAUACGGAGGCGGCGGAUGGACAAGCGCUGGCGCCUUCAACAAACAUAUACGCCCAUCCACCAAAGAAUGACGUGCAACGUACACGCAACGCAACACACGCAGUACAAUAAACGGACAUGACGAGUGAUUCCUUGUUAUCGCCGCUCUGUUAUAUGUUAUAUAAGAUAUGUAUCGAUAUGUAUAUGGUUAUGUAUAUGGCUAUGUAUAUGCGCAUGCAUAUGCAGUCGAACUUGGGUGACUCAAGCCAAGUUGUUGGCCUAACCGCUUUGACAAAAAGCUGUUCUCAAUUGAGUUUAAUUAACGAGCCACGGCACAACACAGCUGCUUUUGUAUGUUAUAUGUAUCCGUUAUUGGUAUUAUUCCUGCCCUACCCCCCUGCACCCUCCCAUAAAAGUGAGCGCCCGAAAAAAAA